AUGCCAAUCAGAGACAGAACCUAUUCGCUGCCUACAGCUAGCCUUCAUGUUGGCUUACCAGCAACAGAAGAACAUCAUCACGCUAAGAAAAUUCAAUUAUCUGAAUUGGAUGAAGAAAUAACCGACUAUAAAUUAUGCACAGUUGGUAAAAAAUGUGUCGGCAAAUCAGCUUUAACACAACGCUAUACGACUGGCAAAGUCAAACAAGAUAAAAACGACGUCCUACUUAACAAUUUUCAUCAAGGAACUGUCUUCAAAACAACUGACGAAAUUGAUGGCAUUCAGUCUUCCUUACAUAUUUUGGAUACCAUUGGCCAAGACAGCAAUGGUAAAAUUCCAUCUGAAUAUCUAAGAAGAAUGGAUGGAUUUGUUGUUGUAUACUCAGUUACUGAUCGAUUAAGUUUUCAAAUGGCAAGACAGUUUGUCGAACAAAUAGUUAUGAGAAAGAAAUGGUGGACUAGUCGCAAAAAGACUAAACUACAAAGUUUGCCAUUGGUUAUUGUAGCUAAUAAAACUGAUUUGACUGACCAACGUAUGGUCAGCCGAAAGGAAGGCGAAGAAUUAGCUUGGGAAUUUGGCUGUUCAUUUUAUGAAUGUGCUGCAACGUUAAAAGGCAACUCAUAUCGUGUUCGUAGUAUAUUCCACGAUGUUGUCAAUCAAAUACGAUGUGUUCUGCAAGAAAAGGUUCAAAUUACGGAAACAAGUAAGGUACCUCGUAUGAUCCAAAGGAUUUCUUCGUUUAAAAAACGUAAUCAAAGUGCGCCGUGUCUUGAACAAUCCGAGAAAUAUCAGCCAAGGCCAAGAUCUCAUUCUACUGCUUAUUCAGUUUGA